UGUCAAACUAAAAACAAUUAAAUUAUUUAAAAAAAAAAACUUAAAAAUUAUUAUGUCAAUUUAUAAAUAAUUUUAAAUUAUUUAUUAUAAUUUUUUUUGAAAGUUUACAAGUUAUUAUUUUGAAUUAAUUAUAGAUGAAAUAUAUAACUCAGCUGUUAAUUGAUUUUUGCUCAGAGAAGUGACAGGAGUCAACAGAAGUUGACGGAAUACCGCAAGGAGCGAAUUUUAAAAGUAUUUUGUCAACUUUUUUAAGAUGUUGGAAGGUGUUAAACAUAUUUUAUUGGUACUUUCUGGUAAAGGAGGUGUUGGAAAAUCAACAGUUAGUACACAAUUGGCUUUGUCAUUAAAAGAAUCUGGAUUCAAGGUGGGCAUCCUCGAUGUAGAUCUUUGUGGUCCUAGUGUUCCUUAUUUAUUAAAUUUAGAAGGAAAAGAUGUUUAUCAAUCGACAAAUGGAUGGGUACCAGUGUAUGCAGAUUCUGAACAAAAAUUGGCUGUCAUGUCGAUAGGUUUUAUAUUGCAAAAUCGAAACGACAGUGUAGUUUGGAGAGGUCCUAAGAAAACGAGUAUGAUAAAACAAUUUUUAAAUGAUGUAGUUUGGCAAGAUAUUGAUUAUCUAAUCAUAGAUACACCACCCGGAACUUCUGAUGAGCAUAUUACAGUUAUGGAGGAAUUAAGGAAAGUCACAUGUGACGGGGCAAUAAUAGUAACAACACCACAGGCUAUUGCAGUAGAUGAUGUUCAAAAAGAAGUGACAUUUUGCCGUAAAACAGGAUUACCUAUAAUAGGAAUUAUUGAAAAUAUGAGUGGUUACGUCUGCCCGACGUGUAAAGAAUGUACUAACAUUUUUUCGUCAGGCGGCGGAAUAUCAUUGUCAGAGAUGGUAAAAGUUCCAUUUUUAGCAAAAUUACCUAUUGAUCCAUCAAUUAGUAAAUUGGCAGACAAAGGUAGUUGUGUUCUUUCUACAUUUCCUGACAGUCAAGUCGCUAAUGUCUUUCAAAAAUUAGUGGAAGAAAUAACAAAAAGCAAAGAGGCUUAAUUUUAUGUAAAUUAAAAAUUUACAUUUUAUUGUGUAUAAUCUUGUGCACAAUGUACAGUUUUUUUUUAUUUGUAGCGAUAAGGAGAAAAAUACAUGUUUUUAUGUUGGAAAAUGUACAUUUUUUGUAUAAAAUAGUUUAAAAAUUAUAUUUUUGAAAAUUCAAGUACAAA